AAACUCAUAUUUAUGAUCCAUUCAUUCCUCUCUCUAUUUCUCAUGGAUAUACAGUGCUUGCCUUCUUCCUUGUACGCUAAUAGGCAUAGAGAUCCAGAAAUAAGUUCAUCAUGGACAAUAACUCAUCAACAGAGCAUUACACUAAGCUUCAAAUCCACCAUCUCCUACAGUGCUUGUGCCUACUGCUACCUGCAAAGAAAAAUUCCAUCCAACAGUUGGAAACUUUCAGUUUCUACAACAAAGACAAAGAAAUGUCUCGCAAAGUUUAGAGAUAAGUCUACCAAUUUAUCCGACAAAAAGGGAACUAUUCCCGGUGCAGUCGCUUUAAUUAUCGGAACCACUAUUGGUUCCGGGAUACUUGCUCUCCCACAGAAAACUUCCCCUGCGGGGUUGCUUCCAAGUUCGAUAACAAUGAUCACAUGUUGGGCUUUCCUCUUAAUUGAAGCAAGUUUGCUAGUUGAAAUCAAUGUUGAACUGAUGAGAAAGAAGGAGAAGAGAGUAGACGAGAAUGAGUUGGAGGUACUCUCCAUCCGAACCAUGGCCCAAGAGACACUAGGGGACUGGGGUGGGACUCUGGUUACCAUGACCUAUGUUUUCUUGGGUUACACUGCAAUGGUUGCCUACAGUUCCAAGUCCGGUGAGAUCCUCCACCAUCUGAUCAAUCUUCCGGAGUCGGUCUCCGGAUUCUUCUUCACUCUCCUCUUCACUGCCCUCAUUUCCAUUGGAGGGACCCGAGCCACAGAUCGAAUCAACCAGUUGCUCACAGUUUCCAUGAUAGGUUUGCUACUAGCAAUUGAGGUUCUAGCGAUCAUGUUCGGAGGGUGGUCAGGAUUGGAGGGGGAUAGUGACUGGGGAAAAGUUCCGGCUACUGUUCCUGUGAUUAUAUUUUCUUUGGUCUAUCAUGAUCUAGCUCCUGUUGUGUGUGCUUAUUUGGGAGGUGAUCUACAGAGGAUAAGGGCUUCAGUUAUGCUUGGAAGUGUUGUGCCAUUACUGGCAUUGCUUGUUUGGGACGCAGUAGCACUUGGCCUAUCAGCCCAUGCUGACCAAGUUUCUGAUCCUGUUGAAUUGCUCCUGAGUGUGAAAUGGACCGGGGUUUCGUUUAUGGUAGAGGCCUUCUCACUCCUAGCAGUCGGGACUUCGCUAAUCGGCACUCUCCUAGGCUUCUUUGAAUUCUUCAAGGAACAACUUAAUAACUCGUCAUGGCGUUCACCUUCAACACAGAUAUUGCAGAAAACAAACAAGCUAUUUAGCCUAAGAAAAUGGUGGGGAAGAAAUAAAGUUAGCUUCACAGCAACAGCAAUGGCCAUUGUGCCGUCUCUUUUUAUAUCGACAACAGUUCCAGAUGCAUUCUCUGCAGCCACAGACAUUGCUGGUGGGUACUGCAUGACAAUGUUAUAUGGAGUUCUUCCACCAGCAAUGGCCUGGGCUAUUCACAACAGAGAAUCUGAGGAGGAAACAGACCAGAAGGCAAUAUCAACAGCAAGGCCUGCACUCCUUGGGGUAGGACUAUUCGCAUGCGCCAUAGUCGUGGAGCAAAUCCUGCAAGAUCUCUCGAUUUUGCAUUCCUAAUUAAGAAGACAAACAAGAGCACGAUGACAAUUAACAAUAAUACCGUAGAUGUAAUAUUGGCCCGUAAAUUGUUCUUCACCUCACCUUUUAGAGGGCAAUUGGAGUAUUUUCAGGCAUCCUCCUACUUUGUCUGUAGAUACAUAUAGAUUCAUACAUUUUACUACAAACACAGAACUCCUGUGAUAGCAAAGCGUGGAUUCACUGCCCAAUUCUUUCUAGAAAAUCAACGGUGUCAUAUGAUUCACAAAAAAUAAAAUAAAUGGGUUGAGAUGGA